AUGUCUGAGCAGGAACAGCAAACUCAACAACAGACUCAACAAGAACAGGGCGGCGGCGAGCUUCAGCGAUCUGCCAUGGGCCCCCCUCCCUCUCCCAAGCGCGACCCCAAAACCUCCAAAGCCCCCACCCAGCGCGACGCCGCCCUCGGCCCCCUCCGCUCCCACCGAACGCCCCUUCCCAACGAGAUGGCCGAGCUCACCCCCGAGGAGCAGCCAGGCGGCGGGAGCAAGGGCGAUGAACACUCUCUGAGCAUCAAUAUUUCGUUGGACUUGCUUGUGGAGGUGCAUUUGACGGCGAGGGUGAAGGGUGAUGUUACUAUUGGGUUGUUGUAG